AUGGCCGCCGCCGACCCGACAUACCCCCUCUACCCCAUCGCUUGCAUCCUGGCUUCAACAAUGCUGCUUCUCGUGCUCUUGACCAGCUUCAUCCGCCAAAACUGGAAUCUCGGCGUUGCCUUCCUUUGUUUCUGGCUUUUCUGGGAGAACCUGACGGGUGGCAUCGGUUCCAUCAUCUGGGCCGAUAAUGCCGACGUCAAGCUGUAUGUGUAUUGCGACAUCGUAUCGCACGUGCAAGUCAUCACUUCGGUAGUCAAACCUAUGGCUACUCUCAUCAUCACUCGUCGACUAUAUAUUAUCACCAGCCUACGUUCUGUAGAGUCUCCUACAAAAGCGGCAAGGCGCAGAAAUGUUGUGUUUGAAUGGGCGCUCGGCUUGGGCAUUCCUCUCCUGGUUGCAGGACCUUUUUACUACGUUGUCCAGGCCGCUCGAUUUGAAGUCGACGAGGGUUGGGGCUGCAGUGCCCCCUCCGAUAAUUCAAUACUCAGCAUCUUGCUUCUAUAUACAUGGAACGUGCUACCUCCCCUGGUGUCCAUCACCACGUACUAUCCACAUGUCGCUCGAAUCUUCUAUCGCCACAAUCGGGAGAUCAACUACAUCGACAUUCUGGUCACCUUGCCUCUGGGUGUUGCGAACAUCGUCUUGAUCGUGAGAGACGAUCUGUCUUUUGGUCGCUUCCCAUUUUACUUUGGCUGGACCUACGACCACACGGUCUGGCAGCCGGAGAGCGCUACCUUUGCGAAGAUAGUGUCCGCCGGGCCUUUCAACGUAGCAACCUUCUACUUCGCUCUUUGGACAUCACCCGUCCUCGCGUUCGCCAUCUUCGGCUUCUUCGGCGUAACUUCGGAAGCCCCGGCCUCGUACUGGCGCAUCAUAUGCACCGUCGGCGGCUGGUUCGGCUGGCACCCCACACCUCGCGUGCGCAGGUCGCGUUCGCCGCUGGGCGAUAUCGAGUUCGGGGAGCGUCCCGCUCAGAACUCGAUAUCGCUGGGUCUAGAGUCGAACCCAAGCUACAUCGACCGCAACGCUCGCACGCAAGGUCAGGUCAUCGAGAGCGGAGCAGGAAGCGGUGACGCCAUGGGGCGUGAGUCGGAGAAGGACGAGAUUGAGGAAACACGCCGUUCUGCGUCGAGCUCGGACGCAGAGCGCGCGGUACAGCCGCCCCGGGCCGGCUCCCACGAAGGCGGCUUCGGCGACGCUUCGGUCGUGGUGUAA